AUGAGCAGCAGCUGCUCAGGGCUGAGCAGGGUCCUGGUGGCCGUGGCUACAGCCCUGGUGUCCACCUCCUCCCCCUGCCCCCAGGCCUGGGGCCCCCCAGGGGUCCAGUAUGGGCAGCCUGGCAGGUCCAUGACACUGUGUUGCCCUGGAGUGACUUCUGGGGCCCCGGUGUCCUGGUUUCGGGAUGGGGAGACAAGGCUGCUCCAAGGACCUGACUCUGGGCUAGGGCAUGAACUGGUCUUGGCCCGGGCAGACAGCACUGAUGAAGGCACCUACAUCUGCCGGACCCUGGAUGGUGCACUUAAGGGCAUUGUGACCCUACAGCUGGGCUACCCCCCAGCCCGCCCUGUUGUCUCCUGCCAAGCAGCUGACUAUGAGAACUUCUCCUGCACUUGGAGCCCCAGUCAGGUCAGCGGUUUACCCACCCGCUACCUCACCUCCUACAGGAAGAAGACAGUACCAGGAGCUGAUGGCCAGAGGAUGAGUCCACUCCAUGAGCCGGCUUGCCGCGUAAGGAUCCCCAGGGCUUCCUUUGUAGUCCAUGGGCGUGAAUUCUUGCUGGAGCACAUGCGAACACUGCUGACUGAGGUGAACCCCAUAGUCAUGGGACACUGCGCCCUGGAUGUGAGCUUGCAGAGCAUCUUGCGCCCUGACCCACCUCAGGGGCUUCGAGUAGAGUCGGUACCUGGCUACCCCCGCCGCCUGCAUGCCAGCUGGACAUACCCAGCCUCCUGGCCCCGCCAGCCCCACUUUCUGCUCAAGUUCCGACUGCAGUACCGUCCAGCGCAGCAUCCAGCCUGGUCCACGGUGGAGCCAGCUGGAUUGGAGGAAGUGAUCACGGAUGCUGUGGCUGGGCUGCCCCAUGCUGUACGAGUCAGUGCCCGGGACUUUCUGGAUGCUGGCACCUGGAGUGCCUGGAGCCCCGAGGCCUGGGGGACUCCAAGCAUUGGGCCCCUGCCAAAGGAGAUACCAGCUGGGGGCCAGCCACACAAGCAGCUGGAGGAGGAGCCUCAGGCAGACUGCCCUGCUUCCCCCAGGCCCUCCCUCUUGCCAGAUCCACGGCCACUUGACCACAGGGACCCCCUGGAGCAGGUAGCGGUGCUGGCAUCUUUGGGAAUAUUCUCUUUCCUCGGACUGGCGGCUGGGGCCCUGGCACUGGGGCUCUGGCUGAGACUGAGACCAGAUGGUAAGGAUGGACCCCAAAAGCCUGGGUUCUUGGCUCCAGUGAUUCCAGUGGACAAACUUCCAGGAGCCCCAAACCUGUAGAUGACCCAGGAGGGCUUCAGCUGAUUCCACCUAUAACUCUGUCU